CGGAGGCGGAAGGAGUUUCCUCCGAGGGCGGAAGGGGAGAGAGAUCGUGCUCGGCUCCGCGGCGUCUCCUCAUGGCUCGCGUGCCACGCACGCUGCUGAUCUUCGGCGGCUUCGUGGCCGUGCUGGGGGCGGCCUUCUACCCCAUCUACUUUCGGCCCCUGAUGCACCUCGAGGAGUACAAAAAGGAGCAAGCAAUAAAUCGAGCUGAUGUUAUACAAGAAGAUGUUCAGCCUACAGGAUUAAAAAUAUGGUCUGAUCCAUUUGGAAGAAAGUAAGGACUUCUUUGGGUGGGAUCUCACCAAUGAAUGUAUUUUUCCUUAUUCCAUCAGUGAUGCUCCUAGUUCUUUGAGUCAACCAAGAUCAUGCAGAAAAAGGACUCCACACAUGGAAUUGUUUUAUAAUAACACUUUACAUAAAGAGCAGUAGCAGCUGCUGACUCUCAAGAUAU